GGGAUCGAGCCUGGGCCGAACCGGCGGCGGCGGCGCGCAAUCUGCGGCGGCCCCCGCGCCUCAGGCGGGCGGGAGAAAGAGGCCGCGGCGGCCAGCGCGGGGAUGUCGAGGACCUCGAAGGUGGUGCUGGGCCUGUCGGUGCUGCUAACGGCGGCCACAGUGGCCGGCGUACAUGCGAAGCAGCGGUGGGACCAGCAGAGGCUUCAUGACGGAGUUAUCAGAGACGUUCAGAGGCAAAAUCGGAAAAAAGAAAACAUUCGUCUUUUGGGAGAACAGAUUAUAUUGACUAAGCAACUUGAAGCAGAAAGAGAGAUGUUAUUGGCAAAAGGAUCUCAAAAAACGACUUGAAUGUGAAAUAUCAAUGGGACAGGCAACAUGAGUGUAUGUAUGUGUGUUGAUGGAGAGUAGCUUAGUGGUGUCUUCAUCUUUUUUUUUGGUUACUGUCCUUUUAAACUUGAUCAGAUAAAGGACAGUGGAUCAUAUAUUGUAAAUUACAGCUUUCAGUGUCCCUUAUAUCUGAGUAAAGGAGUGUGGGCAGACGCUCUUUGGAAGAGUCUCUGUCUUUAUGAUCCUGGUAGAAGCUCUGUUAAGGUCACUGUCCAGAGCUUAGGGUUGUUUCUGAGAAGCACUGCUGAACUUGUGAGAAGGAAGGGAUGGAUAGUAGCAUCCACCUGAGUAGUCUCAUUAGUCGGCAUGAUGACGAAGCCACGAGAACGUCGACCUCAGAAGGACUGGAGGAAGGUGAAGUGGAGGGAGAGACACUUCUGAUUGUGGAAUCUGAGGAUCAGGCAUCAGUGGACUUAUCACAUGACCAGAGUGGGGAUUCCCUCAACAGCGAUGAAGGAGACGUAUCGUGGAUGGAGGAGCAGCUGUCCUACUUCUGUGACAAGUGCCAAAAAUGGAUACCAGCCAGUAAGGAGCUUCUCAAUUUCUUUGAUUUGUCAAUUCCAGUGUGAAGGUUUGUUUUUCCAACCUGUGAAAGAAAUGUGACUAUAAAAGAGACCUAAAUAAAAGGAUAAUUAUAUUCUCUAAUCAGCUAUCAAUUUAUACAAAACAUAGGCAACAUAUACAAAACAUAUCAAUUUAUACAAAACAUAGGUUGUACUAAUGAAACUUACUGUCAACCUCUAUCACAUUGUUAACAAUUUUGAUGGUAACUCAAUAAAAAUGAGAAAAUUGGAAA